CUGCCCCACGCGAGGCCGUGGAAGAGUGCCGGUGGCCGUUUCCUGUCGUUAAUCACCGCUAAUUGGCUUUGCCCUGCCCUGGUGCAGCGAGCCCGUGGGGGGGGGCACGUCGGGGCGAAAGAGGAUUUCCCUGCCUCCUCCUUAAGGCUCGGCUGCCCCCGGGUCCCGCUCCCUGCUCCCUGCCUGCCCACUCGGCCACGGCCCCAUGCCACGCACCCGGGGGGACAAGGGGACCCCCAAGGACACGGAGGCCCCAGGCAAGGGGAAAGGGGGGGAGGCGGGUGAGAAAACCCCCAAAGCCCCCGAAGACGGCGGCACCCCGGGUACCAAGAGCCCCGGCUCCGAGUCCCGGCACAGCAGCCACGGGCAGAAGAACAGCAAGAAGGGCCCCGGGGACCCCCACGCCGCCGCCGCCAAGACCUACUCCCCCUUCCUCAACACUGUCUUCGGCAAGGAGCGGGAGCUGUCACCAGAGGAGCUGGAUGAGCUGCUGGAUGCCUUCAAGGAGUUCGACACGGACCAGGACGGGUACAUCAGCUACAAGGACCUGGGCGCCUGCAUGCGCACCCUGGGGUACAUGCCCACCGAGAUGGAGCUCAUCGAGAUCUCCCAGCACAUCAAGAUGAGGAUGGGUGGCCGCGUGGACUUCGAGGACUUUGUGCAGAUGAUGGGGCCGAAGUUGCGGGAGGAGACGGCCCACAUGGUGGGCGUGAGGGAGCUCAAAAUCGCCUUCCGUGAGUUCGAUGUGAACGGGGACGGGGAGAUCAGCAGCGCGGAGAUGCGGGAGGCCAUCGCGGCGCUGCUGGGGGAGCAGCUGAAGGCGCAGGAGGUGGAUGAGAUCCUGCAGGACGUGGACCUCAACGGGGACGGGCACGUGGAUUUCGAUGAAUUCGUUAUGAUGCUGUCAUCCCGGUAACGACGCCUGGAGGCGGGAGGGGACCCCCCCUCAGCCGGCCCAACCUCUCUGCCAGCAUUAGGGUUCAGAGUGAACAGCUGGAGCUGAGCCCGCAGCUGCAGACAUGAGACACCCCCAACCCCCCAAC